UCCCAUCCCACACUUCGUUGAUGUUCAUCUCUCUCUGCGCUUUGUUCUUUCUCCCUACAGAAUUGCACAGGCAUAAUUCAGACCUGAGGAAGCCGAGCCUCUCUGGAUCAACUCAUCCACAUCCACUCAUCCACGAACUGUCGAAGUCGAACGCCCUCGCCAAGUCGCCAUCUCCCUUCGCCUCUUCGCCCUCCGCCAGGCGCCAGCACGCAGCACCACAACUCCGCCAGGCGCCAGCACCGCAGCACGCCUCUUCAGUCGUCUCCCACUCACCUCACGCCUGUCUCCCGGUCGCCUGCACUCCGUCACUCACCUUUGACCCUUCGGCCAAUCGGCCCUUCUCAAUUUUCACCUUCCGACCUUCCCUAGUUUCGAUACCGUAUUUUUCCAUCAUUUUAUGCUGAGUGAGCAAGAGGUCAGAUUUUACCUACUGCCUCUGAUAUUUGGUAUGCUCGGUGCAUUUCUGUUAUAGAUAGUUGAGCAGGAAAUGGGUACUUACAGAAACUCUAGGUAGUAUAUGUGUUCUUUUAUUUGAAAUGGCAUCUAAAGGAAGGCUUUUAUUUGAUCUUAAUGAACCUGCUACUGAGGAUGACCGGGAAAAUGGUGGUGUCCCUAGCUCCCAGCCACAGAAAACCGUUCCUUCAUCAAGUAAUCAUAAUUCUGACUUUUUUACAGCAUCUCCUGGUCCUCAAGGGAUAGUUAACAACUGUGCAUUUUCACAUGCAUCUUCACUAUCUGGGUUUCAACCUUUUGUACGUCUAAAAAACUCUGAGGGAACAAAAACUUUUAGUGAACAAAAGAAUAGUAGAGAUACAACAUCAAAUGUAGGUCCAUCAAUGAUAAGUAAUGGCAAGGAACAACAUAAUGUAUCUGGGGAUACGACAUUAAAUGUACAUCCGUCAAUGAUAAGUAGCACUAAUAGUCAGGAUAUGAAGGUUGUGCGCCCUCCAAAUUUGAGCUUUGUAGGUACACGAGUGGUAGAGAAAGAAGAAGGUGAGUGGUCUGAUGUAGAAGAGUCUCGAGAUAUACGCAGAAAUUCUGAUAUGGAAGGGCAUGAUAGUUCUGUUAAGGAUAAAGCUCAAGAAGAGAAUAUUGAGGAUGAUAAGGUGAAAAAAAGUGAAAAUGCUGGUUCUGUAAGGAGUGCAUCUCAAAGCAUGGAAAUAGUGAGAGAUGAAAAUAGCAUUUCUCCUCCUUUAGGUCCAGAUAAAGACACAAAUGAUAGGAAAAGCAAUAGUAGCCGAGAUACUGAGAGCAAUGGGAAAGGAGGAAACUCUGUCGAUAGUCAGGAGGACACAAUGUUAAUGCCAAAGAAAAGAGAAAACCGAGGAGCGGAAGCAAUACAUGCACUGAAGUGUGCAAGUAAUUUCGCAAAGCGUCCGCGGAUUGACCAGCAGAAGGAAGCAAUGCUUGGUAAGAAACGUAGCCGACAGACCAUGUUCCUUGAUCUGGAAGAUAUUAAACAAGCAGCCCCCUUGAAGAGUUCAACUAAACGUCAGAACUUCCCAGCAACCGUUACAACUCGCAUCGUAAAAGAUACUCAGUGUGAUUCUCCUAUUGCUGAUAGGAGUGGGGAAAAGAAGUUGCCUUUUUCCAAGGACAUUAAACAAGUUGAUUCACCAAGUAAUGAAGGAAGUAGUUGUCUAAAACCUAAUGGCUCUAAAUCUGAUGAUUGUAAUGGUGAUAUGCAUAUUGGAUCUUUGAAUUUGCCUAGAAGGAUGAAUAGUUCCACAAAUCUGGUGAAAGAUAUACCAUCCCCUGCAUGUAGACAGAGUUCUUGGAGUCAAGCUUCAGAUCAUAGGCAUAUGCAAACCAAGAGUUCCCUGCUUUCUAGUAGAAAGCUUUCCUUGAAUGAUCAAAACUCCAUGGAUAUGAAAUUGGGAGCAAAAAAGCUUCCUGCAAAGAAGCCACCUGUCUUAACAACCCAAUACCAAGAUACAUCUGUUGAGCGGCUUUUGCGUGAAGUGACAACUGAAAAGAUUUGGCAUCAUUCAGAUAAAACAGAGCUACAGUGUGUUCCUGGCAGCUUUGAGUCUGUGGAAGAGUAUGUUAGUGUGUUUGAACCUUUGCUUUUUGAGGAAUGUCGAGCCCAGCUGUGCAGUACGUUGGAGGAGGUAACAGAAACAGGAUCACAUACCAAAGUUUACAUAAAAAAUGUUGAAAGACGAGAAAGAGGAUGGUAUGAUGUAAUACUAAUUCCUGAGGGUGAGUUCAAAUGGUCAUUCAAAGAGGGAGACGUGGCAGUUCUUUCUACGCCUCGCCCUGGAUCAGUCAACCGAUCAAGGAGAACAUUCGAGGAGGAUGAAGAGCCUGAGAUUAAUGGCCGUGCUGCUGGCACUGUCAGGCGGCAUGUACCGAUUGAUAAAAGGGAUCCUCUUGGGGCAAUCCUUCACAUUUAUGUCGGGGAUUCAUAUGACAUCAGCAAGAUUGAUGAUGAUCAUAUUCUAAGGAAACUACAGCCAAGGGGUGUGUGGUUUUUGACUGUCCUAGGCUCUCUUGCAACCACUCAAAGAGAGUACAUUGCUCUGCAUGCAUUCCGUCGGCUGAACUCACAGAUGCAAAAUGCUAUUCUUCAACCUAGCCCUGAGCAUUUCCCCAAAUACGAGGAACAAACUCCUGCAAUGCCCGACUGUUUCACACCAAAUUUUGUCGAGUAUUUACACAGAACAUUUAAUUCCCCCCAAUUAGCAGCAAUCCAGUGGGCUGCAACACACACAGCUGCGGGGACAAAUGGGAUUGCAAAGAAGCAAGACCCAUGGCCUUUCACCUUGGUACAAGGCCCACCAGGUACAGGCAAGACACACACAGUCUGGGGAAUGCUAAAUGUUAUCCAUCUCGUUCAGUAUCAGCACUACUACACCGCUCUUCUGAAAAAAUUGGCACCAGAGAGCUAUAAGCAGAACAAUGAUAGCAUUAGCUCUGACAGUGUGGCAUCUGGAUCCAUUGAUGAAGUUCUCCUAAACAUGGAUCAGAACCUAUUCCGUACACUCCCUAAACUCUGUCCGAAACCUAGAAUGCUUGUUUGUGCUCCCUCAAAUGCUGCCACCGAUGAGCUGCUUGCCCGUGUCCUUGACCGUGGGUUCAUCGAUGGUGAGAUGAAAGUUUACCGACCUGAUGUGGCGCGAGUUGGGGUGGACUCCCACACCAGGGCUGCACAGGCAGUUUCUGUGGAGCGAAGAACUGAAAUGCUUUUGUCCAAGAGCCGUGAUGAGGUUUUUGGAUGGAUGCAUCAGUUGAAAACCCGUGAAACCCAAUUGUUUCAGCAGAUGGCUUGCCUUCAGAGAGAGCUCAAUGUUGCUGCUUAUGCCGGUAGGGCCCAAGGGUCUGUCGGUGUUGAUCCUGAUCUUCUCAUGGCUAGGGACCAAAACCGGGACUCAUUGCUUCAGAACCUUGCGGCAGUGGUGGAGAACAGAGAUAAAGUGUUGGUCGAGAUGUCACGUCUUUUGAUUCUUGAGGGUAGGUUUCGUGCGGGUAACAACUUCAAUUUGGAGGAAGCUCGGUCCAGUCUUGAAGCCAGCUUUGCGAAUGAGGCUGAGAUUGUUUUCACGACUGUGUCAAGUAGUGGGAGGAAGUUGUUCUCUCGACUCACUCAUGGGUUUGAUAUGGUCGUGAUUGAUGAAGCGGCCCAAGCCAGUGAGGUGGGGGUCCUACCUCCUCUCUCGCUUGGUGCGGCACGUUGCGUGCUGGUUGGGGACCCACAGCAGCUUCCGGCAACUGUUAUCAGCAAAGCAGCUGGGACUUUGAUGUACAGUAGAAGCCUGUUUGAGAGGUUUCAACAAGCAGGCUGUCCGACAAUGCUGUUGUCUGUGCAGUAUAGGAUGCACCCUCAGAUUAGGGAUUUCCCUUCCAAGUAUUUUUAUCAAGGCCGACUCACAGACAGUGAGAGUGUCAUUAAUUUGGCAGAUGAACCUUAUUACAAGGACCCUUUGCUGCGACCUUACAUGUUUUAUGACAUCACACAUGGACGCGAGUCACAUCGAGGCGGGUCCGUCUCGUAUCAGAACACUCACGAGGCACAGUUCUGUGUUAGGCUGUACGAGCAUCUACAGAAAAACUGUAAAGCUUUAGGUGUUGUUGGAAAAGUGUCUGUUGGUAUAAUUACUCCAUACAAGCUGCAACUGAAAUGCCUUCAGAGAGAAUUCGCAGACAUUCUGAGUUCAGAAGAAGGGAAAGAUAUAUACAUCAACACUGUUGAUGCUUUCCAAGGACAGGAACGUGAUGUGAUCAUCAUGUCUUGUGUCCGCGCCUCAAACCAUGGGGUGGGUUUUGUUGCUGAUAUACGGCGGAUGAAUGUGGCCCUCACUCGUGCCCGGAGAGCUCUUUGGGUAAUGGGAAAUGCCAGUGCACUUGUACAAUCCGAAGACUGGGCAGCACUCAUUGCUGAUGCUAAAGCAAGAAAGUGUUACAUGGAUAUGGACUGUUUGCCAAAGGAUUUGCUCACAGCAAAAGCUCCUCCUCCUCCACACGCAGGCUUUGGCUCCAAGGUGGCGAUGUCUUCAGGAAGCAGAGGGCUGAGGAGUGGACCCCACCGUCAUAGGCUGUAUGAUCCACAAAUGGAAUCCAGCAGAUCGGGGACACCUUCCGAGGAGGAUGAGAAGUCAAAUGUUGUGCGAAAUGGGACCCACCAUCACCGGCACCAUAAGCCGCCACAUUUGGAAAAUUCCUCGGCGAAUGAAUACGAUCAUCAAUUUGUAGAUAAUAAUAAAUCUAGAGAUGGUGCUGCUUGGCAAUAUGGCGGUGUACAUAAGAGGCAUAAUGGGCCUGGAUUCGGCAGAAGAAAGUUGUAGUGACAAGUUUCUCAUCUCUCUCUGCAUUGGGAUGGAAGGAACCAUCAUACGAUCCUCUGGUUAUACCACUACUAUCCUGUUGCUCAAGAAGUGUGUUUGAGAGGGGGGUGCCACAACUGAUGUGCAGGGAUGAGGAGUCCUGUGGAAGGAAGAACUGAAGUGCCACAAUGAGGCUGCAAAGUUUUUCAUAGAGAUCUCUCCCUGAGAACAUAUUGGUCACUGGGUCCCAGUAUGCGGAUUUGCAAAAGGAACAAUGCAUGAUGAAAUGAAAUGUGUUCAGAUUUCAGAACGUUGCUCACCCCAAAGAAGACUUUAGGAGGGGGUCUUUGGUGUGCAAAGAACUUGCUCCUCAUGGUGGUUCCUGUGGAUUCCGGAAAUUGGGCGAUGCAGUACUUUUGCUUCCCUCUUGGAUACCAUCAUGCCACGUUGUGGCUUUUUGUUUGAGGAUGUGAGGGCGUGGAAGUCUGGGUCCUUUCUCUCUUUGUAGAAAUUGGGGACCGUUGUACAGACAUGUUUUUGGUUGGAUAUGGAUAUAUACUGGAAAAUGGAAAUGUUGUAGUUGAAAGGGAUGGUAACUUGUGAUCUCAACUUCUGUACAUAUUCAGUUUCUUCUUUAAACAGAAAUUCUUUUUACUUUCUCAAAAUAAAGUUCAUUGCGCAGUUUGUGCUUUUUUUCGUUA